GUUCCGUUUUGCCAAACUCAGCCACUUGAGAGCAGCACAUUAGCAAGUUUUUUAAAGCGCAAGUUUUCAAAUAUGAUCACCAAAGAAAAAAAAAGUUUCAUAUGAAAAAUUAGUUUACUAGCUAUAAUUCAACGAGAAUUGAAAAUUAAUCGACGCAAUAAACAUUAAAAUUUAUAUAACUAUUUUUUUUAUAAGUUAUGUGAAUUUAAUAAUAAUAAUUAUACUAUACCUAUAUUUAAGUUAUACCUAAUGUUUUGGAGUGGACACGUGUUGAUAAGUCAUUGUGAAAAAAAUAAUUUAACAAUAUAAUUAAUACCAAAAAAUGGGAAAGUGUUCAGUUCCUUUUUGUAAAGGAAAAGCUACUUUUACUUUUCCAAAAAACGAAAAAUGUCGGAUUCUUUGGGAAAAAGCCAUAAGUGUCAAUUUGUGGUUUUUUUUAGGAGUCACAACAUCCAAGAAGUACUUAAAACCUAAUGCUGUACCAACACUUAUGUUGGAGCUCGAAGCAGAAAAAUCAAGGCGUUCAGAAAAAAUUCGGAAAGCUCUUUUCGAAGAAGAUUCUAACAAUUCAUCAUCAUCAUUGCCUUUGUCGCUUUUAGAUGAUCCAAUAAAUAUCUCUGAAAAUAUUGCCAACAGUUUGAUUGAAUCACCGAUAAAGAAUUGUAUAUCAUCAGUACCAUCAUCAUCAAAUGAAAAUAAUGAAAUUACUGAGCUACAAAAAAAAAUAGAGCUUCGAAGUUCACCAAUAAAUAAAGAAACAUUGAUAGAUCAUCAAAUUGAAGAGCCAUUUGCAUCAACUAAUAUUCAAGAUUGCUCAACAAUCUCAAGCAUGUCAUACAUACCCACUGAUUACUAUAAUAUCGAUGUACAAAUGGAAGAAGAGGUCUAUUCAUUGCCAAUGUCAGAAAGUAGUAAUUCAGAUUACAUGGAAUCAAAUCAUGUGAAAUCGUUGGAAGUAAAAAAACAAAAAUCUGCCUAUACUGGAUUAGGAAAUUAUGCCAAAUUUCAAUUUGUGUAUGGUACAUUAAGUGAUUAUGUUGAUCGCAUUAAAUAUGUUAAAGGUCAAGUUAACUCUGUAGAACCUGAGGACAUGUUUUUGUUGAUACUUAUGAAGUUACGAAGAAAUAUUCCAGAUUUUGGAUUGAGUAUUUAUUUUGAAAUUAGUGAAGCUGUUGUCCGCAAUAUUUUUAAUACUUGGAUCCAUAUGAUUUACCAGCUUUGGUCAUUGAUAGAUACUUGGCCAUCCCGAGAAGUUGUCGACUUUUAUAUGCCAGAAGGAUUUAAAAAGUUAUAUCCAUCAACAAGAAUCAUUGUUGAUGCUACUGAAAUACCCAUUGAUAAGCCAUCAAAUCCAAUAGCUCAACAAGCUACAUUUAGCACAUAUAAGAACAAAAAUACUGUGAAAGUAUUAGUGGGAGGAUCGCCUGAUGGCAUUUUAUGCUAUCAUUCUGCAGCGUAUGGAGGUAGUACAAGUGAUAGACAAAUAGUAGAAAGAUCGGAUCUCGUUAAAAAAUGUCAAAAAGGUGAUUCCGUAAUGGCUGAUCGUGGUUUUAAUGUGCAAGAUAUUUUUGAAUCACAGGGAGUAACUGUCAAUAUACCUCACUUUUUGAAAGGUAAACAACUUCCAAAUGUGACAGUAUUAUCCGAUCGCAAAUUAGCAUCGAAACGGGUACACAUUGAACGAUUAAUUGGGCUGACAAAAACUUAUAAAAUCUUACGAGAACCUUUGAAUCCAAAUUAUACGCGUCUAGCUACGAAAAUUUUUUCUAUAUGUCUAAUGUUAUGCAACUUUCGUGAAUCUGUUGUUAACUCGGCCGCAUAAAAUGAUAUCUCCAAGACAAAGGACACACUUGGAAAAUUAUAAUAAAUAAUGAACUUACAUUUAUUUCGUGUACAUUUUAUUUUGUAAUUAAAAU